AAUUCUGUGUCAUUCGAAGCACAGUUCUCAGGCUGUAAACAACGCAGUCAACAAACAAAACCUUUAAAAAUGUUUAAAAUUACCGCUAUCCUUUCUUUAAUGCUAAUCGCGACUUGGUCGCAGGCAGCGUCGCGGCGAUUUAAGAAGGACGCGACAGCUUCUGAUGAUUUCGACGCAGGCACCACGCUCUGGGCGGCGAGUUUGUCGUGCGACUCGUGCGGUAAUGAGUGCACCUCAGCAUGCGGCACCAGACACUUCAGGUCGUGCUGCUUCAACUACUUGAGGAGGAAACGGGGACCCGAAUCCGUCAAGAUCUGGACUCCGAGUGCCCGCGACAAUAACUUGGACAGCAUCACUAGGCCCAGAUACCCUUUCUUCGUCGUCCAGAACCUCCCCGAGCAGUGGCUGGCAAACUUGCCCUCCGAUUAUAAGCCUUACGAUGAUCUCGACACCCGACAAUCGUACGACGCCUAAACAAUAACGGACUAAGGCUGCAAUACCAUAAGAUGUUUAUUUGAGACUUCUAAAGCUAAAGAAGGAUGUAAAUUUUUGGAUUCCUUGUGUCAUUUAGCUCAAGUUUAUCACCCACACCCCUAUGCUCUUCCUUUCCAUGCCUCUCUGAGUCCUUAGCGUGUUUUUUUCACAAGAAGUUUCGAGUUUAAAUCGAUUAAGACCAACGAACUUCUAUCGCGAUUGUUCAAUGAAAUGUCAUCAUGAUUUCUCGUCCGCGGCUGGUCGAAUGAGGAUACCUUUAAUGUAAUCUUUAAACGAAUAAUAAAAAAUCAAAUUUAGAACA